CCCUCUCUCUCUCUCUUCGUGGCUCACCUUCUUCACUCCGAGUCUAGAUUCAACAACACACACACACCCCCGUAAAGAAGAGAGAAAUGGAACCCAACAGCAGCAGCGGCGGCGGCGGCAACAGAGCCGAGGCGGACCGCUGGCUCCUCAUCGCCGAGAAGCUCCUCGCCGGCCGUGACCUAGUCGGCAGCAAGACCUUCGCGAUCCGCGCCCGCGACUCCGACCCGACCCGCCUCGACUCAGCCGACCAGAUCCUCGCCGUCGCCGACACCCUCAUCGCCGGCGAGAAGCGGCUCAAUCAAGACCAGCAACUCGACUGGUACUCCAUCCUCCAGCUCGCCGGCCGCCACACCGCCGACCCUGAACUCGUCGCCUCCCACUACCGCCGCCUCGCCCUCCUCCUCAACCCCCACCGCAACCACCUCCCCUUCGCCGAUCACGCCAUGAAGCUCGUUUCCGACGCCUGGUCAGUCCUCUCUAACCCUACCCGUAAAGCCCUCUACGAUAACGACAUCGUUCUCGAUAACAACAACAACAACAAUGAUAAUAGUAAUUACUCUACUAAUGAACACCCACACAGCCAGCAGCAAGAUGAUGCUGCGGUAAGAAGAAGCUCCAGAAACAGCAAUUCUAGUAAAACUAGGGCUAGGACUGUUGCAGAGGAAAUAGGAAACCCUAGUGAUAACCCUGGUGAUAACGCUGUCGAUAACCGUAGUGAGAGUCAUGAUGUGAAUUACAAUUUCUGGACGGCUUGUCCAUAUUGUUAUAACAUGUACGAGUACCCGGGGGUUUACGUCGAUUGUUCCCUCCGGUGCCAGAAUUGCCGUAGGGCGUUUCACGGGACGAAGAUAAUGGCGCCGCCGCCGAUUAUCGAGGGGAAAGAGAGCUACUUCUGUUGUUGGGGGUUUCAUCCGUUGGGGGUUUCGAUUUCGAAGUUGGACAAGAAUAAGGGUGGUGGUGGUGGGGGUUUGGGUUGGUCCCCUUUUUCUCCCAUGUUUGGUGGUGGUCCUCAAUUCAGGGAAGAUAGGAGGAGUAAUGUGGUGGAGGAUAGUAUGAAUGUUGGUGCGGGUCAGAUGAAUGUGAAUGCUCACAAGAGCUCCGCGCCCAGGAUAUACGUUAAUGAUGAUGAUGUCUAUGUGGAGGUAUCAGAACCGGAGGAGGAAUCGGACGAUGAUUGGGGUAAUAAUAGACAGAAGAAGAAAGCGAAAGGUACUAAGGGCAAGGAUUUAACAGGUAAUAAAAGUGUUAAGAAACCAGUAUUGGAGAAGGCAAAGAAACUUAAAGGAGUUGGUGAUGGUUUACAAGGUGGAUCUUUGAUGCCAGGGGUUAUGGGGGCGCCAAAUGUGUCAAAUGCUGAAAAUAGUAGGAAAGUGGCUGGAAAUAGUGCAAAGAAGCAAACGGGGAAGUUUGCAAAACAAUGGGGUAGGUUGGACUUGAAUGUGGAGUUUAGUAAUGAGGUAGAAGAGCCUGCUCCUGGGAUGAGCAGAUUGAAUGCUCCGGGAAUGGGGAGAGGGAACGCUAUGGGAAUGAUUAGAGGGAAUGGGGCAGGUAAUGGCGAGGAGGAAGGAAUGGAAGGGAUUGGGUUUUUUGAAGGUCUUGAUGAAUUUUUGAGCAGUUUGCCAAUACUGAAAAGUUAAGGCUGCCUAGUGAAGGAAGACUCUUGUUGUUGUAGUAGUAGGUAAUGUUGUUGUAUUUAUGCACCAAUGACUGGUGUACCAGCAUUGGCCAUUUUCUACCUAGCGUCUUAGGUGUCAACUUGUUAAUGUAUAUUUUUCAGCAAUGAGUUUUAUCCAUCUUUUGACUGC